AGUACAUUAUACGAGAAUACAAUUGAUUUAUCGCUUGAAAUACCACUAACGGGGGAUACAAUUAAUUCAUCGUUUGAAACAUCACUAACGGAGGAUACAUCGCUUGAAACGGAGGAUACAAUUAAUUCAUCACUAACGGAGGAUACAAUUAACUCAUCGCUUGAAACAUUACUAACGGAGGAUACAAUUAAUUCAUCGCUUGAAACAUUACUAACGGAGGAUACAAUUAAUUCAUCGCUUGAAACAUCACUAACAGAGGAUACAAUUAAUUCAUCGCUUGAAACAUCACCAACGGAGGAUACAAUUAAUUCAUCGUUUGAAACAUCACUAACGAACGAUACAAUUAAUUCAUCAGUUGAAAUACCACUAACGGAGGAUGAAAAGAUUAAUAUAAAAUACUGUCAAGAAAAAAUAUGUAAAUUCUUAUUUCCAUAUCAGCAACCAGAACAAGAGACUCGCGCCAAUAUUCAUACUCGCGCUUACAUACAAUUAGCACGAACUUUAAAUCGUACAUUAGUCCUACCAAAUGUUGGAAGUUCGAAAGUCAAAGCAUGUUCUUUAUAUCCAUUCGAUUUUUAUUAUAAUGUUGAUGCACUUCAAAAACAGUAUCCAGAUAUUCGGUUUAUAACACAACCCAAAUUUUUUGAAUGGACAAAAGAAAGAAAAGUCCGACCAAUUGCACAACAUUCGUGGAUGUUCAAAGACCUUGGAAAUCAAAAAAUUAUAAAAGUUGAAGGUGUUGAAUUUGGGCAUCAAACAAAAAAAUCUCUUUGCAUAGGUCAAUUUAAUCUAAACAUUACAAAUUACAAAGUAAUUCAUGCAGGGAUUGAAAAAAAAUUAAACAAAGAAGUAAUGUUAAAAUUUGUUACAGACACCUUAAAAACACCACCGAUGACAGGAGAAUAUGAAGUAAUAAUGAUAUUAAACAAGUUACCUAGAGAAACGUUUCCAAGUAUCGAUAAAGUAAUUCCGUAUUCACCAUAUAUUAUUAAAGAAUCCGAGAAAAUUAUAAAUAAAUUAAAGCCUUAUAUAGCUAUUCAUUGGAGAAUGGAGAGCGGACAACCAUCAUUGAUUCCAAAAUGUGCCAAGAACCUAAUUAAGACGGUGAAAAAAAUUCAAAAUCUAUACGGAAUAAAAAAUGUAUAUCUUGCAGGUGAUUUUCCACUUAAUAACGUUAGAACUCAAUCAGAAACAUUUCGUAAAAUCACAAAGUUUCAUAAAGAAGCCUUUAAAAUACUUGGAUUAUAUAAUAGUUCCGAUCAUAUGAAAUUCGUAAAUAGUUCCGAUCAUAUAAAAUUCAAUACAUGGAUUUCAAUGGAUGGGUUAUCACAAAUUAGAAAAGAUCCAAUGUAUAACCGAGAAAUUAAAAAACCUGGUAUACAAGGAAUACUUGAUAAGUUAAUUUGCAUAAAUGCAAACUUUUUCUUAAGGGGACGAAAAGGUUGUGCUAGAGUAUCUAGUAGUUUUACGAGUACUAUAAUUGGGGAAAGAAAAAUGUUGAAGGAUAA